CCGUACCACAAUGGCGUCUGCUGAUCUGAGGGCCGAGCUGGACUGCUCCAUCUGCCUGAGCCUCUAUAAAGAUCCCGUAUCCCUGAGAUGUGGACACAACUUCUGCCGCUUGUGUAUUGUGAGUGCGCUGGAUGCACAGGAGGCAGCUGGAGUGUAUUCCUGUCCUGACUGCAGAGCAGAAUAUCCGGAGCGUCCGGCCCUGGAGAAGAACAGGAAGCUGGGGAACAUAGUGGAGCGUUUCGUAUCUGCUCGGCCUGAUAUGGAGGAGACCGGGAUCUUCUGUACUUACUGUGACUCUCCUGUACCGGCUGUGAGGACAUGUCUGCAGUGUGAGACCUCCAUGUGCCAUAAACAUCUCGGAGCCCAUAACAAGUCAGUGGAUCACAGUCUGAUUGAACCUACUGUGUCGUUUCUGCACAGAAAAUGCUCCACACACAAUGAGAUCCUGAAAUACUAUUGUCCAAUGGACACCGCCUGUAUCUGUGUGUCCUGCUGGGUGGUCGGAGACCACAAGGGACAUGAUGUGGAGCUACUGGAUGUGGCCUCUGGGAAGGAGAAAGAUAAACUGAGACCUCUUAUUGAGAAACUGAAGUCUGAAAGAGAAGAAGCUGGAAAAAGAGUCCAGAGACUAAAGGAUCAUAAGACAGAACAGGGAGAGAAAUCGACCAGACUUGCUGAGAGGGUCACCGGUCUGUUCACUGAUCUCAGGGAGAAGCUGGAGGAUCUAGAAAAGAGAAUCCAGGGUGAGAUUUCCAGACAGAAGGAGCAGGUGUCACUCUCAGUCUCUGAUCUGGUCAGACAGGCGGAGCUACAGAAAGAUGAGCUGACCAAGAAGAUUAAUCAAUUUGAGGGACUAUGUAUAAUCACAGAUCCAUUGAUUUUGCUGAAAGAUUUAAAGACUUGUGACAUCAGUGAUAGGAGUGGUGAUGUCAUCAGUGAUGUAAGGGACACUCAGUGCCUGGAUGAAGGCUUAGUCUUACAGAUAUUAAACAGAGGACUGUUAAGCUUUGGACGUGGACACAACUUCUGCCGCUCGUGUAUUGUGAGUGCGCUGGAUGCACAGGAGGCAGCUGGAGUGUAUUCCUGUCCUGACUGCAGAGCAGAAUAUCCGGAGCGUCCGGCCCUGGAGAAGAACAGGAAGCUGGGGAACAUAGUGGAGCGUUUCGUAUCUGCUCGGCCUGAUAUGGAGGAGACUGGGAUCUUCUGUACUUACUGUGACUCUCCUGUACCGGCUGUGAGGACAUGUCUGCAGUGUGAGACCUCCAUGUGCCAUAAACAUCUCGGAGCCCAUAACAAGUCAGUAAAUCACAGUCUGAUUGAACCUACUGUGUCAUUUCUGCAGAGAAAAUGCUCCACACACAAUGAGAUCCUGAAAUACUAUUGUCCGAUGGACACUGCCUGUAUCUGUGUGUCCUGCUGGGUGGUCGGAGACCACAAGGGACAUGAUGUGGAGCUACUGGAUUUGGCCUCUGGGAAGGAGAAAGAUAAACUGAGACCUCUUAUUGAGAAACUGAAGUCUGAAAGAGAAGAAGCUGGAAAAAGAGUCCAGAGACUAAAGGAUCAUAAGACAGGACAGGGAGAGAAAUCGACCAGACUUGCUGAGAGGGUCACCGGUCUGUUCACUGAUCUCAGGGAGAAGCUGGAGGAUCUAGAAAUAAGAAUCCAGGGUGAGAUUUCCAGACAGAAGGAGCAGGUGUCACUCUCAGUCUCUGAUCUGGUCAGACAGGCGGAGCUACAGAAAGAUGAGCUGACCAAGAAGAUUAAUCAAUUUGAGGGACUAUGUAUAAUCACAGAUCCAUUGAUUUUGCUACAAGAUUUAAAGACUUGUGACAUCAGCGAUAGGAGUGGUGAUGUCAUCAGUGAUGUAAGGGACACUCAGUGCCUGGAUGAAGGCUUAGUCUCACAGAUAUUACACAGAGGACUGUUAAGCUUUGCAGAUAAUCUGAUUGAUCUGAAGGAGAAGAGACAGUUCCCAGUGAUGGAGAAAUCCGACGUACUGCUGGAUAUAGACACGGCUCAUAAUAACAUUAUUAUAUCACGGGAUCUCAGAUCUGCUUCUUAUACCGCUAAACCACAGAAGAGACCUGAUGGGCCCAAGAGGUUUAUAUCCUGUCAGGUUUUAGGCUCCAGCAGCUUCUCCUCUGGGAGACAUUACUGGGAGGUGGAUGUGAGUCAGGCAGAGAAUUGGAUCAUUGGAGUGGCCGAGGAAAGUCUGGAGAGGAAGGUUAAUGGGAAUGAAUCUUAUAUUGGUUAUAAUGAGAAAUCCUGGGGUUUGAUUUAUAAUAGUUUUGGUGUGCGUCAUAACAAUAUCUUUAAGCGGCUGGUGUCAGAUUCUCCUGUGAAGGUUGUUGGGAUCUAUCUGGACUAUGAGGCCGGGCGUCUGUCCUUCUAUCAGCUAUGUGACCCUGUUAGACACUUACACACCUUCACCGCCUCCUUCUCCGAGCCGCUCUAUGCCGCUUUCUAUCUGUAUGAAAAUUCCACUAUUAGCAUCAUGAAAUAAUUACAUGAAAAUGGCGACUGUGAGGCUUUAAAGUGAAUCUUCCAUCAGCCUUUAAUGUUUAGUCCAAAAUUACGUGCUGGUAAUUUCUGCAUUUUAUCUUCAGAGCUGUUGGAACUGUUGUUUUUCUGUUACUGAUCUCCAAAAUCCCCUGAUUAGACAUGAAUUUGAAGGGAUUAUCCAGCUUUUUUCCCCUCCCAGCCUGCUGUACCUGUGGAACAAUCCAUAUUCACCUGAUCUUCCGGUUCUUGUCCUGUAAACUUUCAGACAGACCGGGUCAUGUGCGCCGAUGCAGCCAAUGUCUUCUCUGAGUGGUCAUGUGUCCUCAAGUGGCAUGUGAUCAGGCAGUGACGAACCACUUGGGGACGUGUCACCGCUGAGGCCUGUAAAUGGCUGCAGCUCUGCACAUGACCCUGAUCUGUUUAAAAGUUUGCAGGACAGGGACCAGAAGACCACCGAAGAGAGCUAAGGAGCUGGAAUGGAACGGUGGGGAGCAGGCGAGCGUGGAUUUUUUUCCACAGUUUAAGCAGCCUAGAGUGGAAAUUUAAACAAGUGUAAAAAAAAAAAAAAAAAAAAAAAAAAGCAGGACAACCC